AUGAAAUUCGCCGGGCUGUUAUAUCUUGUGGCCAAUGUGGCCCAACUUAGCUCUCCAGCUGCCAUCAUCGGUCGCGACGACUCGCCAGCUCCGCAGCCAUACGUCUUGACGCGUUACGAAGAUACCGAGCCUGCCGGGAAAUACUGCUAUUCGAAUUCUGAAUGGAACAGCACCAGCCCAUAUUCAGACACUACAGUUACAGUCAGUGACUGUGUCGGCUUGAUCUGGUUCCUCCGUGGUCAUAGUUCUCGCUUCGAAUUUAGCAAGAACGACACCUACAACGGGCGUCUCUGGUGGAAGUUAGCUGCAGGAUACGGCACCUGUUCCUUCUCUUUGUUUCCUAAGGAUGCUGAUAUCAUAAGCGUAUCCUUGGGCAGCCUUGAUAUAGAAUACGUUGUCACCGAGACGAUCUUGAUGAACGCACACAAGGCUUCCAUGAAUGCAACCAGCGGCGUACUCCUAUGCCGAGGCAACCACUCCUUGGCAUCCAUUUACAACGGCGAUCGGGUACUAUUCCUCAUCCACAAUGCACAUGUCGACCACGCGACAGAUCCGACAAUCAAUGCCACCUACGGCUUCGCUAUGACGAUGGGUCAGUCCGCCUCCACGCUAACUCCGACGCGGGUCUAA